CGCUGUUCCCCGUAACAUAACGGCACAUGUCAAAAAGUGCAACUUCGUACGAUGCGUAAAACUUGUUGUAGUAGCAUACGCUCCAUUGUUGAAAAUUAAACUAUAUUUAUCAAUAACGAUGCGUAAACGUGACAUUAUUCGCCUUUGGAAUCAGGUUGUGGACCAAACGGGCAUCGACAAAUACACGGACACACAGUGGCAGGAAAUUUACGAAGAAUUCCUGAAUUCCAUGUACGAUUACAAUGAACCCUAUAUAAGUGUUCAAAGUGUGGAAAAGUUAGUGGAUGAGCUUGAGGAGAAUAUGGAAAUUUCAAAAAGUUUGAAUACAAGCUCCGAUAUAGAUGAUGAACCGCUGUCGGCAUUAAAAAAUCGUCUGGAAGAUAAAAUCAAAGUGGAGCCAAUAACUACGCUAAGAAGAUCCACGCGACGAUGUGUGGUUGACAAUAAUAAUUUUAAUCAGCAGUUGGCGGAUAUUAAAUUUAAAUCGGAGCAGCUGCAGACGCAUUUGAAAACAGAGAUGGCAAAGCACAAGGAUGACGAUCUUUUAAUGUUAGGCACAAGCCCCAAACAGGAAAAGGCUCAAACAAAAAAAUCAACAAACAAUAACGCAACUAAAAAGAAGCGAAUAAACUCUGAAAACUUGACAGAACAAAACGAAGCAACUGCAAAACGAAUGCGCACACAAACUAAGCUCACAAUUGAAAAAGGGGACCAUAAGAUUGAUAAAAAUGAGAAACAACAAGUGCCUGGCAAAUCUAAUUUAGACAAAUUAAAGUCUAAGCCGCCUCGAAUUAGGCGAGCGAAAUCAAAGGCAGUAUUUGUUAGUGCUUCAGUUGAGUUCAUAGCUAAUCAGUUUUUUUUGUUACCACAGAUAAUGGCACCGACUGCUCACAUGCCACCCUCAGCCAUAAAUUUGACGCGAGGGCCAACUAUGAACAAUACUUCAAGCGCAGAAGAAGCUGUAACUCUAGAAGUUGUUGAAGCGGAAAAUCUCAGUAGUCUAAUGAUAGUGACAGAGAGAGACAGCGAAAAAAAAGAACCUGUUAAUGUUGACAAAAAUGCUGAACAAGAAAAUGUUGAUUUCAAUCAAUUGUUGGCCAAUGAUGAAUCUCUUGAUGUUGAUAUAAUUAAUGUUACUGAAGACGACGAACCUUUUCAAGGAUUUGACGAAAAGACGAAAAUCGAAAUUUAUCGCGAUUUGGCCAAUUCAACACAAUAUCUUGACAAUUUGGCCAUCGAAUUGGCGGAUGAAAUUCACUCCGAAUUGGAUUCAAUAUUACACAAUGAUCGCAGCUUAUGCGAUCAGAAUGCGGUGCUGCAAAAUGAUCCCAAAUUAACAAAGGAAUCCAUAGAUUUGCUUGAAGAAAUAGCCGAUCUUUCGCUUACAAAUGAUUUAUUUAUGUCUUCGGAGGCAGCUACAAACAGCUUAGCAACGAACUUUAAUUUAUUAGAACAGAAUACAAUGUUUGAGGAUGAGCUUAACUUAACACAGGAAUCCAUAGAAAUAUUGCAGAAUAAUAUCCACUCAAUGGAAAUAAGUCGAACGAUGCUACAAAAUGAUCUAUAUUUGUCCACGGAGACAGGAUCAGAAAAUGCAUCGAUAGAACAUGAUCUCAACUUGACAAACUUAGCAACAGAUGCUCAGAACAGUACAUUCUUGUACCAGUAUGCGUCAAUAUCACAGGGUAAUCUUAACUCAUUGGUUCCACGAGCAAUACUUCAAAGUGAUCGAAGCUCUGCCACGGGCUCUUCCACGGAUACCGCAUUAGAAAGUAUCGCCGUGACCCAUGAAGAUGAUCAAAACUUGACAAACCAAAAUUCUUUAGUGUUGAAGAAGCAAAUCUUAGUUCAAGAAAGUUCUUGCUGCCAAAUGGAUACAGAGCCUAUUGAAAAUGCAGUUGUAACACAGAAUACAGACCUUAACUUAAUAAGCCAAGGACCAGAUAAUAUUGCUUUGGUCGAGCAAGACAAUCUUAAAACGUCAAUACAACAGAAUAAGAAUAAUGACAAAACUCCCUUAGAGCAGGACGCGUUAUUGCAAGAUGAGCUUAAUUUCGAAAUCGACUCGGACGAUGUCCUUUCAUUGAUCACUUCCUGGGAUGGCGGCAUGGACGACAUUGAUGAGCGAAAUUCAAUUGUGAAUGAAAUGGAUUGGAAUGAAUCAGAUAUUGCUGCUUCAAUUGUUGACUCUAUGAGUCCAUUGACAGCACUUACUACAACUGCUGUCAGUCCAGAAGCUACAGCUCAUCCGGCAACUAAUGCUGUAGAAACCAACAUAUCACUUAAUGACUUGCGCAGCUUUCGUAUUCCCAAGAAAACGAAUAAUCCGAAGUUGCAGCUUGAGACGCUGCAGGAACCACAUAAACAGGCGUUGGUGAAUGGAGAGCAGCAACAACGAGAGUCCGGGAAAGCGAGGCAACAGCCUGCUAACAACAUCGAGCAUAAGCAGCAACAUCGAGUCGUUAAUGGCAGACAGCAACAAAAAGAGUCUUUAGUAAAUGACAAUCGCCAGCUGCCCAGAUGCAAUGCUCAGAAAGAACCGUUCUUCAAUGGCAAUCCACAGCAGCCCACGAUAGCCAAUUUGCAGCGGCAAAAGUCUCUGAAGCAAGAAACACAGCUAUGCAGGCCGAUACGAGCAGCAGUUCCGGAUGCAGUUCCCAUCUUUGCACCACCUUAUCAAAGGUCAGAGCAGCCAGCAGCGUCAAGCAGCGUGUCCAGCACUUUUAACAUCUACAGAGGCAUGGGACGCAACAGCGCGGCGUUUGACAUCAAAUGCUGGAAAUAUUUGGAUGGUUACUGCGCCAAUCCCAACUGCAAUCAUCAACUCAGCGAGAUUGGUGAUGUCAGGCGUCGUCUGAACUCCAUGACCAAUAAACAACUUAUUGACUGCUAUAACUUCAUGUUGCGCCAUAGGCUUCUAUUUCAAAAGUAUUUCGCUUUGUUUGCCACAAUCUUUGGCAGUCGUCAGAUGCGCAACUAUAUGCUCAGGAUGAUUAACGAUUGUUGUUUGUAUAUGGAGUUGUGUGCACCAUUUAUAGUCGAUAUCUACGAAACACUGUUACGCUUUCAUAUGUCACCAGAGGUGACUGUCGCUCACCUAAUGAAAUAUCUGUGGCAACCAAAUGCAUUGCUGCAAUAUCCGCUGUUAAUCAACGAGUUGCUCAAAAUAUUGGCCAUUGAAUAUUGGCACAAUUAUAUGCCGCAAUUGGAGGAACUCUUUGAUACCCUUGAAUUUCCUAUUCCUCUGGAGUUCGGCAGGCGAAUUGCUGAGUUUGCUGUGACCCAGAAAAAUGAAAUGCUCAAGAUAAAUGUAUGUCAGCUGGUUCUUUAUACUCCUAUAGGCCGCUCGUACUCGACUGCGACAACGGUUGCUGAAAUCUUACGCAACGAUAGCGCAGGUCAGCCAAAUCCGCAACUGCAAACGCUGCUGCUUGCAAUCCGAAAUCUGAUUCAGCUAUGUCAUCAACAGCAGCAUCAAAUUCAUUCGCAACAUCAUCAAUAUCCCCAGCAACAACAGCAACCUUAUUCGCCGAAUUCCAUUGAGCAUCAAAGUUUUCGUCAUAAUCAGCAGCAACAGCGACCGCAACAUUCUCGUUAUCAGCAGCAGCAACACUUUAAGCGUCACCAAGAGCUUCGGCCACGCACCAAGAGCUGGGUGGACAAACCCUAAAAUAAGCCUCUAUAAUAAGUUCAAGCAGCAGCUACGAUGUUUCGUUUUAAAGCUACCUGUUUUCAUCAAUUUAAUCAUCUUUUUAUUUCAUUACAGCUUACUUACAGCCAUAAGAUUUGAAU